AUGUUAAGUCGUUCAGCUAUUCGUUCUUAUAGUGUCACUGUUAGAGAUGCUCCUGGUAAUUUAUCAUCCGUAUCAGUAGUUAUCAAUGGUGGAUCCAAAGCUGGUAAAUCCGGUCAAGCACAUUUAUUAUCAAAAUUUAAUUUCUUAAAUAAUGAAUUAAAAUCAGGUUUAAGAUUUACUAGAGAAAGUGAAUUAUUAGGAGGUAUUGUUUCUUCUAAACUUACUAGAGAUUCUAUUAUCUUAAACACUCAAUUCUUAAGAGAAGAUUUACCUUACUUUGUUGAAAGUUUAAAUAAUGUUUUAACUAAAACUUCAUUUAGACCUCAUGAAUUAUCAGAAAUUGUUUUACCAUCAGCUUUAAAUGAUUUCACUCAAGCUUCUAAAUCAAAUGCUUUCAAAGGUGAAGAAGCUUUACACAAAAUUUCCUUUAAAAAAGGUUAUGGUAAUAGUUUAUAUUAUGAUGGAUCAAAAUCAUUUUCAUCAGAAGAUAUUAAAGAAUUUUCUAAAACUGUAUAUACUUCAAAUAAUGUUGAAUUCUUCGCUUCUGGAGUUAUUGAAGAAGAUUUUAAAUCAUUUUUAAGUGAUUUAUCAUUACCAACAACUUCAGUUGAAUCAGUUCCUGUUAAAUCUUAUAUUGGUAAAGAAUCAAGAAUUCAAUCAAGUGGUCCAUCAUAUGCUGCUAUUGGUUUACCAAUUAAACCAGCUGAUUUUGCUAAAUUUGAUAUUUUAUCAGCUACUAUUGGUUCAUCUUUAUUACCAUCAUCAUCUCCAUUAUCUAAAAUUGGAGCCAUUUCAAGAGUUUUAAAAUAUAAAGAUGCUGGUUUAUUCAUUGUUGAAUCAUCAGGUGAUGCUGCUCAAGUAAGUGAAUCCAUUAAAAAGGCCAAAUCUUUGAUUUCAUCUGUUUCUUCAAGUGAUUUGAAAUCUUCAGUUAAAUCUGCUAACUUAUUACAAGCUUUACAAUCAUCAUUUGAAUCUCCUUUAUCUUAUUCAAUUGAUGAAUCUUCUGCUAAUGUUAAAGUUACUGAUUUUAACUAUGUCGCUGUUGGUGAUAUUGAUGUUUUACCAUUUGCUGAUGAUUUAUAA